AUGGAGAGAACAAAACGAUUGCUCCUGGAUUCAGUACCCACAAGUCUACAUUUAACAGCUGAACGUGAGGGAAAACGUCGGAUUUCACUUUUUACCAAGAAAGCACGUGUUCUCAGGAUAACCAAGUUAGCGCUGCAGCCCCACCUGCGACCACAGCGCUUCAGCUCCGCGGCCGGACCCGCAGAGCCGCACGCCCCGACCCCGCAGGCUGGCCGGGCGGUGGCUCCUCCAGGCCCUCCAGCCAACGGCAGCGCGCGCGGCACGUGCGGCCGCCCCGCGGGCUCGGCGGCGGGACAGCGCUCAGGCCACCGGCCCAGCUCCACCCGCCCCUCCUCCUCCCUCAGGGGUCAGAGCCCGCAGCGGCCCACGCGGAGCUCCAACGGCCGGGAGCCGCGCGCCGCCGGCCCCGCGGGGCGAGGGCAGCCGAGCCGGGCCGGACCGGGCCGGGGGCCGGAGUUGGCGGGGGUCCGGGCGGCAGCUCGGCGCGGGGACGCCGGGGGGCGGGCGGAGGCGGCAGCGCGGCACGGCCACCGCCGGGCGCCUCGCCCUCCGCGCGCUUGGACUCGGCCCGGGAAAGUUCCCGCAGGACGGGGCGCGGGCUGCGCGCACGUGGGCGCCGCUGCCGGGACGCCCCGCGGACGUCGGCGCCCAGGUGCCGCACCUGCCUGCCCGGGGCGCGCCCGCCGACGCGCGUCUCCGCCCUUGCCAGCUGCCGGAGCCCGGGCGUCCGGAAACCGCUUCCUUCUGUCCCGCCCCAGGACGCAGGCCGUCUUGCCACCCAAAACUUUUCUUUCUGGAAGGAAGGAAGUUGCAUUCAAGUGCUGUCACCUUAAGAUUACUUCAUCAGUGAGUAUAACAAAUAACUGGAUUCACUUCUUCUGGAUUCUCACUAUUGAUAUGCCUCUGGAAUUUCUGCGUGUUUUGGACAAAUCAAUGUUUCAGGUGGCGUUUGUCCAAAGUUGUCUGAAAAUAAAUACAGCAAUACGAGUUGGAUUUUCAUUCACUUCUUUUCAUUUGGAAAGAGCCUUGCCGCAUGUCCCCACGGUGGAUCCUCAUAAACUUCCCUCCAGACGAAGGCUGAGUCAUACGUGGAAGAAACACAAGGUGGAAGGAGGCUGAGGCCCUGAGUCACCGACCCACUAGAAACAUCCACAUGGGACUGUUAGGGCUGUGAUCUGUGCCAGCAGACCUGUUGACAGCCGUCUGAGACAUAUCAAGACCCCCUGGGUACACCUAGGUCAGAAUCCGUCCUUGCCUGCCACGGACUGUGGGACUUUGGGCAAUUAUUUUACCUUUCUGAGAUAUUAUUUCACCAUGAAAUGGAGAGAAUCAUAAGACUUACUUCGAUGAACUGCUGUGUAAAUUUAAAUGAAAUAAGACAUACAAAGCCCUCGGGUGAUGUGAACACCUAGAAAAACAGAAGUAACUGCGAGCACUAUUGCAGGCUGAGUUCUGUGGUUUCAGGGGCAUCAGAUACAUCUCUUGAUUUUUUUUUAAGUCAGACCCACAUGGCAUACCCACUUGCUCUCUGUGGGAUGUCCCCGUGUGAAGGAAGCCUGUACAGUCUUGUCCGACUGUGCCAGCCUCCCCAGAGGACUGGGCCCGGUUACGGAGGGUAGAACACACCUACUGGGGAAUCUGUUUGUCUUGAGAACACUCCAGUUUGUAAGGAUGGGUUGAUCUCGUCUCAACACAUCAAUCGGCUGCAUAGGGUGGGGAAAGGGGGGAAGGGAAGCAUCACCUUUGUAAACUCCUGAUUUUAUUUUCUCCAUUCUUUUUGAGAGCUUCUUCAGGCAGAAAAACACCUCUUGCUCUUCUGGAUUCUGAGGUAGGAAUAGCAGAACGGCCCUCAGUGAGCUGCUUUGCACCAGGCUCUGCACACUGAGCCCUGGCCAGCCUGUGGGAUGGGGACUAUUUUAUCGCUCACCAGUUACUUAGAAGGAAACUUCACUCACACAUGCCCACAUACCUUGCCCAGGGUCACACGCUGGCGCGUCAGUGUCUGGUUUAAAUGCCGGUGGGUCUACUUUGGAGCCCAACUCUGAACUCCGCUGCUCUGCUACAGGGCUGUACAGUAGGAAGAUUUUGUGAGUCACAUAUGCAAUUUUAAAUUUUCUUGUAGUCUCAUUUUAAAAAGGAGAAAGAAACUCUGCAUUGAAUUUUAACCAUAUAUUUUAUCUAACCAAUUAUGUCUAAAAUGUUAACAUUUCAAUAUGCAAUCAAUAUAAAAGCUUGAAUGACAUAUUUUAUAUACUUUAUUUCAUACUUCGUCUUUGAAGUCGGUGUGUGUUCAACUUUCUGCCUGUCUCAGUUAGGAGCAGUGUCCUCUCCAGUGCUCCAUAGCCACAGGUGGCCGUGGC